AUGGAUGCAUGGACAAUUUUGAACGAGGUCGAUGUUAUUGCGAAAUGGUCGACCGAUCAUAAAAAAUCUGUGUAUGAAGGCGGAAAAUGGAGCGAGCGGCGAGAUGGUCUGGAGGAAUUGAAUAAGCUAAUAGAGCAAAAUCCGAAGCUUUCAACCGCAUCAAUGACCAUUUAUGGAGAAUUAAUGGAUGAGUUGCGGAAGAUUCUGGAUCGCGAAUCAAACAUUGCUGUCGUUUCAACGGCGGCCAGAACAGUUGAGCUUCUCGCUCGCGGUCUCCGAUCCAAAUUUGCUGGAUUUAUUGGAAUGGUUCUCCCAUUUUUGAUUAAACGCACCAAAGACAAGAAGAAAAAUGUUCGAGAUGCUAUGUCAUUGGCGAUCGAUGCGGUAACUGCAACAACAAAUCCCGAGAGAAUUCAAAAGGACAUUGUCGAUUGGUUUGGAAUCGCAUCACCUGAGAGCAAGCAAACACUUCUUGAAUUCCUUUAUCGUUAUUUUAUCCACAUGGAACGAGUAGAUGUGGCUUUUAUUAAAGCAUUGGCGCCAUUAGUUGUUAAGUGUGCUACUGAUAGCGAUGUAACUGUUCGCGAAAAAGCCUGCAUGGCGAUUGGGUCCAUGAGAAGACUUUUGGGUGAUGCAAUUGCGUCAUUCAUUGCCCCCGUGUCUGCAGAUUCAGUGAAAAUGGAAAAAAUUGCGCAGUAUGAAGCAGAGGCUAUGGAAAAAUGGAAAGAAUUAAAUGCUGAAAAAGCAAAGCUUUGCGCCGGCUUUUCUGAUGGGGGUGAAGGAACCGAAUUAGCAACAAGCGUAUCGAACGAAGAGAAAGUAACACAGGAGAUUGAUUCUUGGGAAUUAUUGGAGGAGAUCGAUGUGUCCGCAAAGUUAGACAAAACAGUUGAAACUCAGAUCACCGAUAAAAACUGGAAGGAGCGCUUGGCUGGAUGUGAAGCUAUUAAAAAAGAAGUUGAUGCUGCCGGAAGAAUUACAAUGUCAGAAAGACUGCGCGAACUGUGUGGAAUGCUUUUAAAGAUUAUCGAAAAAGACGUUAAUGUGAAUGUGGCGUCGUGUGCUGCAAAUGUUUUAAAUGGGAUAGCAAACAAAACACGAUUUGAGUAUAAGCCUAUCGCCAACAAAGGAUUUAUGAUUUGCUUUGAGAAAUUAAAAGAUAAGAAAGCUAUUUUAAGAGAUGCGCUAAACGAAUUACUGGACUCGUCUUCACUGACUACUCCGCUCAGCGCCUAUUCGGAUGUUGUCAUUAGCGCGCUAGCUCAUAAAAACCCGCAGACCAGGGCACAAACCGCGGCUUUCCUAGCAAGAUACCUUGGCCAACAGGACUCCAGUACGCUUCCUGUUGCCACACUUAAAACUAUGACCGAAACAAUUACCAAAAUGGCGAACGACGCCGAAAAAGAAGUUCGUGAUGAAAUUCUCAAGUGUGUCGCUGCUGUUGCAAAAUGCCUUAGUCUUCCUAUCGCUCAAAAGUUGUUUCCAGGAAUUUUUGAUGAUAAUCUAAAAUCCGAAAAGAUUCCCGGAUUAGUCGAUGAGAUGGAGAAGCAAUUCGGAAAAACAGCAACCCCAAAAAUGCGGAGACUUGCAGAAAAGUUCGCUGUUAUGUCGAAUCCAAUUAAAAAGGGAACAAUGCCGGCAAAUCGACCAGCGUCCGCACCUCGAAUAGCUCCAAACCGACCAGUUAUAAAACCGGCCGCAGCAACAAAACCUCUGCCGAGAGUUGCAGAUCCUUCGACAAAUAGACGGCCAUUUACAGCCCGUCCGGCUCCGUCUCAGACUGUGAGACCGCCGAUAAAGCCGGUUGGAGCGAAAUCAAAAGUUGAGGUGGGGCCAGCUCCAAGGACAUCGUCUGCCACAAGGCCUCAAGCUUCUAAAUUGCCAUUACCAAGAGCAGAAUUAAAGUCGAGAAUUGCGCCUGCUCCCAACGGCAAGAUUCCCAUAUAUUUUUAA